AUGACAACACUUGAUCGGUACCACCUGAUGAUAGUUUCGCAGUAUUUUGAUAGCGAAUUUGACUUUAAAACCCUUGUAUUGGUCUGCAAGAAGUUCGAAGACAUCAUGGCGAUGUUCCAUUACAACCCGAUAACAAUUUACACAGAAACAAUCAAGUACUUCCCAAACAUUGAAACACUCCAUCUGAGAUGUGAUACUGACGAAACAUUUGGCAACUCAAUUUUAUUGUAUGUGGAACCCUACGAAUACACUGAAAGAGACACUUUCAACAAUUAUAAAGAUGUUUGGUAUGGAGAUACAAUUGGUGUCAAAAAGAAGUUCUUCCAAAUAUUUGUGUGGUUCAAAGUUAAUUACCGGACAGUCGUCAAAAACAAAAACAGCAACAUCACAUUCAAAAAUGUGGCAUACACAACGCAUGACAGAAUAAAGUUUGGCGAAAAGAUUCCACAGGAAGUCACAUCACUUGAUGACGGCUGCUUUUGGAACUGCAACACAUUAAUUUACAUCAACAUUCCACAGAAAGUGACAAGCAUUGCCAGAGAUUGUUUCUAUAAGUGCACAAAUCUGAGUGGCAUCAAAAUCCCACAGAGUGUCACUUAUAUCAGUCACAACUGUUUUUAUGGUUGUUGUUCUUUGAAACGUAUUGAUAUACCAAAAAUAUUGAUUGGAAUACUUGGACUGACAUGUUUGUGUGGUGACUUGAAAAUGUAUGGUUUUGAUAUUCCGUCAAGUGUCGAAGUGAUCAAUGGCAAGAAAUUCACACAAACAAAUGACUUGCACAGUUUUACAAUACCACCACAUGUUAAAACAAUUGGCACAUAUUGUUUUUAUAAAUGUUGUGUGUUGGAGAGUAUCGAAAUUCCUUUGACUGUCACAUCACUGGAAGCGGGUUGUUUUAGUGAGUGUAGCAUGUUGAGUAACAUCAUACUCCCAUCAACAAUAACAACACUACCGUCAAAUUGUUUUAGUGGAUGUAAAAAAUUGAGUGAAAUCACAAUACCACAAAGUGUCGAGUGCAUUGAAUGCUUCUGUUUUUACGAGUGCGAGAGUCUGAAAAGUAUUAAAAUUUCCCAUAAUGUACGUUGCAAUGGAGAGUUUUGUUUUGACAAAAAUACAAAAGUUAUACAUGACUCAGUUUAA